UGAAUGCAAAGGGAAGCAAGCAAGCUCCGGAAAGCGACCUGGAGGAGAGCAGCUCCCGAGGAGAAGCAGGCAGGAUCGGCCAGGUUUUGCAAGCAACCAGGAUCGGCUGGCAGGAAGGGAAAGGAAGCAUCAAUGCUGUCUGUCUUCAGAUCCCUUUGCUAAAGAAGCGAGAGCUGAGUUUUUCCUUGCUUCCCUUUGCAUUCAUUGUUCAGCCUGGCUGAGUUUCAGCGUUGCAAUAACGUGGGUCGCAGCGGCGGGAAAGUGUUGAGGGUAUGAAUUUUCCAAAGUCAUUCCUCACUGUGAUAAGUGCCUAAAUCUGAAUGAGGACUAUGUUGAAAUGUACUAUUUCAGUGUGGCUUUCAACUGCAUAUCCUACUGCUACCACUACUGAUGUUUGCCCUGCUGCCCUUGAUGUUGUUUACCAGUACCUUUCAGGCCCAUACAAGUCCUACAUGAAGGCAAUUGCUCCAUUUGCAACAACAACUCUGAUGAAGAAAGGGGCAUCAAAGUUGAAGAAAUGUGUGGUUCAACAUCCACCUCUGCUCAAAGAAGCAAUUCACCAAUUGAUUGAAAAUUACAUGGCACGUUGUAUAGCAAAGGGACAGCAGCAGCAACAGGGGCAGCAGCAACAGCAACAGCAACAACAGGAGCAGCAGCAGCAACAGAAGCAGCAGCAACAACAACAACAACAGGUACAGCAGUGGCAGGAGCAACAGCAACAACAACAGGAGCAGCAGCAACAGGAGCAGCAGCAACAACAGGAGCAACAGCAACAAGAGCAGCAGCAACAACAACAGGAGCAGCAGCAGCAACAGGAGGAGCAGCAGCAACAACAACAGGAGCAGUAGCAACAAUGGAAGCAGCAGUAACAGGAGGAGCAGCAGCAACCACAAUAAAGCUUUGAUAUACAGUAGAGUCUCACUUAUCCAACACUCGCUUAUCCAACGUUCUGGAUUAUCCAACGCAUUUUUGUAGUCAAUGUUUUCAAUACACCGUGAUAUUUUGGUGCUAAAUUUGUAAAUACAGUAAUUACUAUGUAGCAUUACUGCAUAUUGAACUACUUUUUCUGUCAAAUUUGUUGUAUAACAUGAUGUUUUGGUGCUUAAUUUGUAAAAUCAUAACCUAAUUUGGUGUUUAAUAGGCUUCUCCUUAAUUUCUCCUUGUUAUCCAACGUAUUCGCUUAUCCAACAUUCUGCUGGCCCGUUUAUGUUGGAUAAGUGAGACUCUACUGUAUAUAUAUUAUAUUCCUGAGAAUCAGAACCACUUUCUUUGUUUUCCUUAUUGAUUUCUUUAUAAAUAAACAAAUGUAUUGAUCUCACAUUUUAUAUUCUUCACAAAUACAUUCUUGAAAUGUAUUUGAAAAACUGAUUACAGUAUUUGCCAUUAUAAUAAAAAGGAUCUUGGCUGCUAUUCCCUAUUAUAGCUGGCAUACAAAAAAGAGUAAUUCUUCAUUGUGCAUAUCUUUUAAAAAGUAAUGAAUAUUUACUUUUCUUAUCACAUUGGGAUAUACUCCAUUUAUAUCAGUAUGCAUCCUGUAUUUUUUAUGACUGGUUGCAUACUGAAUUCUGACAGGAUGCAUACCAACCCCAUCACACCUGAUUUGAAAAUACUGUGGCAGAACAUGCAAAAGACCUUGUAAAGCUCCAGCUCCAGUGAUUCCAUAGCAUUGAGCUUCAAGGUAGCAUUUUCCACUGCCAAACAGCAGUAUCAAGCUGCAUCAGUUUUACAAUGUAGAUGGAUCUUGUAUCUGUGUUUAGCCCUUUAUAAAGGCCAGUCUCGUGGCUAGAUAUACCACAGUUUGGAAAUAUUACUUUCUACACUAUAGCUCUCAGAAUUCCAGGAUUUAGGGCAGUGUAGAUGGAUCAACCACCUGCCUCAGUGUAAGGAGGCUCCCUUUGUUCCUUGUUUUUCUUUGUUCCUUGUUGGGUACUCUAGGGGCCCUUCUACACAGCACCUAAAAUGUGGAAGUUACCGUUAAAAAGGGAGGUGGCUAAAUGACACUAGUGCUCAUUCUCAUUAACAGAGGAAAAACGCAUGGUAAAGGAGUCUCCUUAUGUUCUGGCUGGAAAAUGCACAUAUUCACAUGACUGUAUAACCUUUCAGUCAUGCAAAACAUAUGAUUUCCUCCCCACCUCCCCC